AUGCCUGUAAUCCAAGAGCCAGUGUUUCCAGUACAUACUGAGACUGCACCUCAAGUUUCAGCUCCUGUAGCUGAUGGUGCUCACAUAACUGGACAACAAAAGGACCAAGGACAGCAAUUACGAGUGUAUUCAAGAAGGCAACGUGCUGCUAAUGCAACACCUGCUGAUACACCGGCGACUGUUCCAGAUGUCACAUCUAAUGAUGCUCUUAUUGAAAAUAAUCAGCAGUCUCAAACUGUUAUUAAUGUGCCGAAUAAUGAGUCUCUUAGAAGGUCACAGCGGGCUAGAAAGCCUGCUAUUCCUGAUGAUUAUCUCACCUACAUGAGUGAGGAUACAAAUGAGCCAGUGUUGGAUAAUGAUCCCACCUCAUUUAAGGAGGCUAUGGAAAGUGAAUAUUCGUCUAAAUGGCUUGAUGCUAUGAAAGAUGAAAUGAAGUCCAUGAGCACCAAUGAUGUAUGGGACUUAGUAGAAAUCCCUGAAGGAGCCAAAACAGUUGGAUGCAAAUGGGUCUAUAAGACCAAACGUGACUCCAAGGGUGAUAUCGAAAGAGCUACAUCAGAUGGAUGUCAAAACGGCAUUUCUAAAUGGUGA